AUGUCCGACGAGCCAUACGAUGCCGAUGGCGACGUCGGCCGCUUCCUGCAUUGCCCUAGCCCGGAGGCUCACAUGUUCCCCUUGUCUGAACCGGAGCGCACUGGAGUGGGGCUCCGCCAUACCACCGAUCAUGUCCAGGGCCACCAGCUGGCGGCGCCACAGACGCUGAGUAACGCGGCGCCGGAUUUAUCAGGCCGCGGCCAGGGCCUCCCGGCACCACCACAGACGCUGACAGUGGCGCCGGAUCUUGGCCUCCAGCAGGCGCCGGUAACUGGAUUCCACGGUCACCCCGCGCUCCACCAGUCGCUGACGACGACAGUGGCGCCGGAUUUUGGCGUCCACGCGCUGACGACCACCGAGUUCCAGGGACACCCGGCGCUGGAGACGACGCUAAACGCGGCGCCCGACUUCGGCCUCCCUGUGCCGGCGGCGCCCAUCGUCGACGCCGCUGCCGGGAACUACCAGCCAUCAUCCGCCAUGCUGGACGUAGAGUACCACCAGCCGAUGGCCAUAGACAACAACGACAUCCAGCAGCCGAGUCAUCAAAUGCUGCCCCCCGAGAUGCAUCGUCGUCAUGCGUAUGGCGGCGGCGGCUUUGCGGAACCGACGACGAUGCUCUGCGACGGCGGGGCCGACGAAGCCUCUUUGGUCGAGCGUAACAUGCAGAUGCUGCUCGCCGAUGGCGGCGUCAUCCCCCACCCUCAUCGCCCGAGCCCUUCGCUGUACGAACAGCUCGUCAACAAUGGGCAGGCAGAGCUUGCGGCUGUCGUCAGGAACCUUGAACGCGGGGAGAGCAGCGGUGGUGCGGCUGCGCUCAUCAACGACGUGUACCCUGUGAAGGAGGACGUCUGGUUCCGGCCAAUCGUCCGCGGCCAACUCGACUGCUCCCGGUGCCACUCAGUCCGGGAGGUUGUGCGUCAAGAUGAGAGGUGGAGGAUGCAUUUCACGGUGCAUGCAUCGGAGCCGGGGAUGGUUUUCCAGCAUGCGAUCGUCGAUCGCAUGUCCAUCGGCGCAGAUGGCCAUUUCCAUACGGACCAACUGCUGCACCAUGAUCUCCGCAGGCGCAACCACGUGUGGGUUCACAAUUUUAUAGCGCGCAGCGUGGAGAUGAUGAAAAGAAACAGCGGGCAGAUGCACUCUAGCUACGACAGUGCUGCGGCGGCGGAAUACACCACCACCAACGCCGUCGUCACCCCCGCGCCGCCACCAGCGAGCCACCACCACCAUGCGCAUAUGGGGCUCGAGGUCAAUAUGUUGAACAGCAUACUCUCAGCCGCCCCUGCUGCAACAACUGUUGCUCAGCCGCCGGGGAUCACGCCGCAGGAACAACAACAAACCACCGUAGCGGAAGCAGCAGCGCCUGAAGCAGUCACGCAGCAGGAACAGGCAGAAAACACGGAUGCUCCUAGGGUUGCGGAGGCAGCAAUCCCUGUGCCUGCGGUGACGGCGCCGCAGGAACAAGAAGCCACCGAUGCUCCUGCAGAGGGGGCUGAACGAGCAGCUGCCCCUCGAUCUGCAGUGAUCUCGCGGAAGCAAGACGGUAGCAAGGAUGCCGGAGCCGUAUUUGCUGCGUUCAAAUGGGAAGGGUUCCAGCCAGAAAUACUCGAGUCUUCCCUCGUUGAGCCGUACGAUCCAGAGUCCGGUGCCAAUGUGUUGCUGUACCCAAGCCUGGUGGAGCAGCUCCGCCAGACCGAGCUCGAGAGGAAGGAGAGCAAGUCGCUUUCCAAGAUGCCGGCGGCGGCGGCUCAGGAGGAUACGACGUCGACGUACCUGCAGAUGAGCGGCGAAGCUUCCGCUAACGAACCGAAGCUUGGAUCCUCAUCGGCGUUCAGACGCCUUUGCCAAAAAGACGCUACGUAUCGGCUGUAUUCGCGCAGGGUCAACUGCAUCAACAGGAAGAUCACGAAGCUCCAGCAGACUGCGGCUAGGGUUGGCCCGAGGGGGCUGUUCGCCGUGAAGCAGAAGAUGGAAAUGUACAAGCGCGAGAAGGCGGAGCUUUACGACGUGAUCAACAAAGGAAUGCAGGAGAACGAGAGGGGCGGCAACAGCGGUGCUGGGCCUUCGAAUAGGGCUGCUGCCGGUCCUUCUUCCCAUGAAGCUGCUGCCAGCAGUCCUUCCAACACUGCCAUCCCUUCCGACGGUGCUGAUACAUCAAAGGACGAUGAUGCCAGUCCUUACAGCGUUCCCUCUUCCAACUGUGCUGGUCCUUCCGGCAGCAAGUAGGGGUCGGAGCCGGCCGCUCACUAAAUAUAAUGGUGCAGUGAGAGACUGAAUAAGCGCGCGCUGCACAUCGUAUUCUAGUACUUUUAUUUAUUUGGACUUUCUGUCGUCGCCUGUGUGUAAUAAUAUUGAUCAGGAACACCUACUUGGUCAUCGGAGGAUCGGACCAGUUUAAUUAGGGGAAACUGGAACGUGGCAUUCUUGCAUAUGGUUCAGAAAUAUAUUAUCAUGAGAGACACAGGAAGACAUAUAUUAGCUAAUGAUUUACAGGCUGCGAACACAAGAUUGAUUUGUUCUUUGUGAUUCCAGUUGAUGAGUGAUUGCCAACGGGUAGCACUAUGGGGUUAUCAGUGGCUGACUAAAUGUAAGAUUAUGUAUGUGCAAUCAUUUUGGUCGGCUUGUGGUGUGCAGGUCUGGAGCACAGAGACGGUGGUCGACGACUGAGGUGAAUGUCAUGUACGAGGGCUGGGUCUUGGCAGAUGAACCGGAGCAGACGGGUGACCAGCCGUGCUAUCUGACAUCUAGGACACACACUCGCGUGAGGACUUGGCGGAAGGGACCAUGUUGCCGACGCAGUCGAGGACGGGCGGGACACGUGUCUAGGAGGUGGGAGACGCGCACGCGGUGCGAUACUCACAACGGUUUGGUGGUUUGGGCCUCAACCACCGAUGGCGGGUUUUGCUGAGUUUGGACCUCAAAACUCGGUAGCGGCGGUUUUGGAGGGAACAGGUGGCGGCACGUGGCGUCACAUUGAAGAGUGCGUCAAAGCGAAACAACUUUGUGUGAAGCGAGUGGCUGUCGGAUCGAAAACCUAUGAGUUGGUGUAAGUGGAUAGAAUCUAUGUAAAUAGGGAUAUUGUAGGAAAUAGAAAUAACCCUCUAUAAAUAGAGGGGAGAGUUGGUUAGUUCAGUAUAUUUUGACUG